AUGCUGUGGUCCAAGAUACAAUCACCACGCCAACAUAGAAUCAUGGCUACUGAUACCUCCAGUAUUGAUACCGUCGCCAGUCUCAUAAAAAAUUCCAAGCGCAUCAUCGUCCUCACGGGCGCUGGAAUUUCCACAUCAGCAGGCGUUCCUGAUUUCCGAUCCCCCACCACAGGCCUCUACGAUAAACUAGCCCCGUUAAAGCUACCUCAUCCUGAGGCCAUAUUCCACAUCAAUUAUUUCAGUCAUACGCCGGAGCCCUUCUACGCCAUUGCUCAGGCUCGGAACCCCCGUGGUCUCAAGCCCACCGUCUCCCACGCCUUCGUCGCACUCCUAGCCAAUAAGAACCAGCUUGAAAUUCUCUUCACGCAGAACAUCGACAGUCUGGAGCAAGAUGCUGGGGUACCUGCGGACAAGGUUUUCCCCAUGCAUGGGAACUGGAAAAACCAACACUGUUGCAAAUGCAAGUCGGCGUACCCGGAUGACUUGAUGAAACGGGCGAUCGAGACAGGCGAGGUGCCAUAUUGUCUUGAUACGGUAUGCGGUGGUGCCGUGAAACCGGAUGUAGUCUUUUUCGGCGAGUCUCUCCCUGCCGCAUUUAACGAGGAGAUCAAGAGAGUCUCCAAUGCGGAUCUGAUGCUAAUUAUGGGGACGAGCUUGCAAGUCAAUCCCGGGACGAGGCUCCCGCGAGAGGUUAAAGAGGGAGUGCCCCGCGUGUUGGUGAAUAUGGAGAAAGCUGGUGAUAUUGGGAGUCGGUCGGAGGAUGUGUGCAUCCUCGGAUCAUGUGAUGAUAUCGUUCGCAAAUUGGCUGACGCAUUUGGUUGGACGGAUGAGUUGGAGAAGAUCCGCGCAGACGCGGUAGCGAAGAAGGAGAAAGAGCAACCGUAUCAUGGACCAAGUCUGGAUGAAUUAAUUGAGAAACUGGCGGCGAAGAGAAGGGAGGAUUCCAAGAUCUCGGAUGGCCAUAGGAACAUGUUGGAGGGGCAUCUGGCACAGAAAUUUUCCCAGUUGCUGCCAAAGAGGGAAAUCGACAAUCGGAAUACAAAAUAUAUCCAAGCAAGCAAUGUCUUUAACUGUAACAUAGUCUCAGUUGACUGGCUUAUUGACUCGCACGAUGCGAAGAAACUGCUUCCCGAGAAGGAUUACCUCUUUCCGUCGACGAAGAGCGAUUCCAAAUCGGACGACGAGCAAAACGGCGACGAGCAAGACGGCGACGAGCAAAAACGCAACGAUAAAAAGAAACGCACACUUGAAGAAGUGCUAGCAGUCGACGACGGGCCUGCUGCCAAAAAGCCCAAAGAUGCUCAAAAGGCCAACUCUAAGGCCGUGAAGGUCCCUGUGGAUGAGGCUUGUCAUCUCUCAGGAACUCAUUCUGUGCACAUUGACGAAGCAGGGUUGAUUUGGGACGCUGCCUUGAAUCAAACCGUUUCUGGCAAAAACAGCAACAAAUUCUACCGUAUCCAACUUUUAGUCGACUCCACUGCGUCAUCAUAUCUAACUUGGACUCGCUGGGGGCGAGUCGGCGAGCAUGGCCAAUCUUUUAUCUUAGGAGACAACACACUGGAAGGGGCGGAAGCCGAAUUCAAAAAGAAAUUCAAAGACAAAUCAGGACUUACUUGGGAGAACCGACUCGAUCCUCCCAAAAAAGGUAAAUACACAUUUAUUGAACGCAAUUACGAGGAGGAAGACGAUUCUGAAGGACAAGAUGAUGCUGAAAAAGCUGCUGUGAAAGAGAAUAAACCGAAGGUUGAGAGUGCUCUGCCAGCCCCUGUCCAGGAUGUCAUUUCGUUUAUUUUCAACCCAGCGCACUUUCAGUCAGCCAUGGCGUCCAUGUCCUAUGACGCACAGAAACUGCCUCUGGGCAAACUCAGUAAACGUACUCUUCGCAACGGCUUCCAGAUCCUGAAAGACCUCUCAGAGCUUAUCUCCUCGCCGCGACUAGCAGCUAGCAAAUACAGCACCAACUUCGCGGCGGCCACCGAGGACCUUAGUAACCAGUAUUUUACAACGAUCCCUCACGUCUUCGGUCGCCACAGGCCACCUGUGCUCACUUCGGAUGCACAGAUCAAGAAAGAAAUCGAGCUACUCGAAGCAUUGACUGAUAUGGAAGUCGCAAACGGUAUCAUGAAGGAAUCGAGAGAUGCCGAGACUGUCCACCAACUUGACCGCCAGUUCCAGAGCCUUGGAUUACAAGAGAUGACCCCAUUGGAUCGUAAAUCUACCGAAUUCGACGAACUUGCAAAUUAUCUCUCCAGAUCGCGUGGGUCCACCCAUCAUCUGCACUAUAAUAUAAUCAACAUAUUCAGAAUUGAGCGUGACGGCGAAAACAAGCGGUUCCAGUCAUCCGAAUAUUCCAAACGCAAACCUAGCAACCGCCGCCUUUUAUGGCACGGGUCUCGGAGUACCAAUUAUGGUGGAAUCCUUAGCCAGGGUCUGCGCAUCGCACCUCCAGAGGCACCUGUCAGUGGAUACAUGUUCGGAAAAGGUGUUUAUUUUGCAGACAUGUCCACCAAAUCGGCCAACUAUUGCUGGGCAUCCAGCAGUGCAAAUGUUGGACUCCUGUUGCUCUGCGAUGUUGAAUUGGGUGAACCCAUGCAGGAGCUAUACGAUAGCGAUUACAACGCCGGUGACAAUGCAAAGGCAAAAGGCAAAAUUGCAACGCUUGGUAUGGGCAAGUCAAUUCCGGGUGGAUGGAAGGAUGCUGGUUGUGUCCAUCCCGAUUUGAGCGGAGUACAAAUGCCCGAUGUCUCGGCAGGUUUCGAGUCAGCUCGGGCCCCGUACCUCAUGUAUAACGAGUAUAUCGUCUAUGAUGUUGCGCAGAUCCGCCAGAAGUAUCUGUUCCAGGUGCGCAUGAAGUAG